AUGCGUUAUCCGGGAAAAUCACAACGACAUGGGUUGGCUCGGUGGUUAGAGGUUUCCCAGGUGGCAAAUUCUGGUAGCUUCCGGCCGCACAGCUGCUUGUCCGGCGUAAGCAUGGUCGUUCUUCUAUGUUCGAAAUUUAGGACGGAGCUCCGGUGUUCAGGCGGUGGCGAAGAGAUGGUGCUCAGUCUUGCCAACGCUACGGCCAACUUCAGGCAACUUCUUCAGCUCGAAAACGAGCGCCGCCGCGCCGGUGAUGACGAUGAGCUCCGGAACCCCAAGCCCGAAGAGGCACUUGCAGGACAGCCCCUUCUUUUAGUUCUCCUGGGAGAGGCCACCGAGAGCCCGAAUCCAGCCUGA